AGUAUCAUAAACGCUCUGUCGCUCAUGUUUGACGUCACAGUACCAGAGACCAACAUGGCUGCCUCCAAGAAAGCGACCGUGGUGCUGAAGGCUGUAAAGAAAAUAAUGGUGCAGUUCUCUCCGUUUGAGUCCAAUGUUCGGUCCACACGGGAGUUCCUGGCCAUUGUGGGCUCAGAGAAGGCCAGGUCCACCAACAUGAACUGUGAAGUUCUAACUAAAGUGAAACAUGAUAAAUCUGAACCCAUAGUGGACGUCACCUUCUCAGACGGAGAGCGGCUGCUGAUGAAGGGAGCAAACCUGACCGGCCGUGAGAUGCUGAGUGCCUUCCAGUCACGGUGCAUAGCCAAAGACCCGCAGGCUCAAGCUGCAAAGAAGAAGUGAAGAAUGUGUUGUGUUUAUCUGUGUACAUUUAUGUUAAUAUACAUUUGUAAUAAAAAAGUAUUUGAUCCAAAUGUUU